UUGAUUCGCUCUUUGWYAAACGUAUGRAAUAGCUUCUUGCCUAUUUCCCUCUGUUUCAACAUAUCGUUCUUCACAGCAUCAGACAUCACAACUUUUGUAACGAUAUUGAAAAGAUCAGUGACCCCACCAGAAAAUUGAUUUGUGAAAUUCUUGAUUGCAUCUGCCAAUAACUGGACAUCUUUCUCUUCCUGUUUUAUCACUGUUGGAGAGAGUUCAUGGUGGACCUUUUUACUUUCAGACGAAAUUCCAGCCAUUUCUUUUGCUUCUUCAGCUAGACGAGCAAGCUCUGGGGCAAUCAGGAAAAACUUUGUUCUGGCAGCUUCAUUGAGUGUUAUUCCCACCAAACCUCCCGAUACCUUCAUCGAUCGAUUGACUUGCUCUAACGCAUGAUCUGCUCCAAUGGCGCAGAAUGGUACAGAAUCGUUCUUAUUCACGACCCAGUUUCCCCUCUUGAAUUCUUCAUAAAUCUCAGGGCUAGAUGAUUGCAAUGAGGACAUUUCGGCUAAAUAAACAGGAAUCAUGCGUGCGUAAUGGAUUCUGUCGUGUGCAAAGAAGUACUUAGUAAAUUCCUCUAGUGCUUCAAGGUGUUUCUGCCAAUCUGCCGAACGGACUGCCUUGAUAAACGCCAACAUCUCUGCUACCAUACGCAUGUAUUGAAGUGUGACUUGAAAAAGUGGGUUUUCUUUGUUAGCAUCAUUGAAUUCUGACAUCUUCUUCAUAACUUCAUUCGACUCAAUUUCUUUGACAAGGUCUGCGUGAUCGGCUUGGGUUAGUUUGAUGCUCUUCUGAGUUGCUUUAGAAAACGUAGUCUUCCAUUCGUGGAUGGGAGAGGGAAUAAGUGGUUGUGCGCAAACUCUUGUAACGGGUAAUAAAGCCUAUAAGACAUAACAAUGAAUUGUUUCUUAGGAAAACUAAACUAAUGGUCUUAAGACUAGUCAGUAUGAUUUAUUGGCGUAAGUUAUGAUCUAACCUUACUGACUAGCGAAUUAUAGCCAGACCAUCCAGGUACAUGGUGUUGCUCACUGACUCUAGCUUCGUUGUUGGUUGUGUCUGGUACAGAUGUUCUGCUGCCACUUUCAAGUGCAUUUAUGCGCAUCAGAAGCCAUACAAAGUCAUCUUUGUCUACAAAUAUUGGAAGACGUCUUUCAUCAAGGCUGAACUCGGGAUGUGCUUCACAUUUUGGAUAUGGUGGUGGAGGUGGACACUCCAUCAAUGUUGUCAAAGAUUCAGGAAUGUCAGGCAAUGACCGAGCUACAUUACUAGAUCCUUCUAGACUGCAAAAGUUUAGAUACAGCUAUCUUAAUCAAGUCCAGCUUUAUUUAUGAAACAAUUAAAUAAAAACACCUACCUCAACGAUGGUACGUCAUCAUCAAGCUUUGACUGCUGAUAAAUUGUCAUGGCUGCUCCAUGCAGGUUCCGCUUGCCAUCAUAGGUGUCUUCCUGGAAAUCAGAAUUAUCUAUUGCAAAAAAGAUGAACCUUCCUCUAAUAAUUUCUGGGGGAAGAUACAACCCAUCGUCUUUCAGUAUGUGGUCAAUGACAUGCUCAUGGGCUGGAAUUCCGGUCAUCAUCGCGGGCGCAAAUUCAGCGCCCUCCGCUACAAACAAAUAUGGCGUCCAAGCGUGCUUGCCGACGCGAUUACAAGCAACUAAAUGCGUUUUCAUCAGUCGUCCUUUACGAUACUAGUUCAAAAACGUAUGGUAAAUAUUUUGAGGUGGAAAGGAUUAUUGAGAGAAGAAGAAAAUCAAACGACUACGAAUAUUUAUUAAAAUGGAAUGGUUGGCCAUACGAUUGUUGUAGCUGGGAGCCAUCUAUUAACUUAAAUCCAGUACUACUAAGGUUUGCAGAAAAUCAGUUAUAUUUACAUAUUUACACUUACUAUAAAAAAAUGUGCAAACUCUCAUAUAAAUUGUAUUUAUUGUACAGGUCCUAUAGUAAUCCUCAAAAACCAGCUGAUGAAAGGAUGAUGGUUGCAAGCCGUGAUUUUUAUUGUGCUGUUGUUUCAUUUCUGCGAGGCAAGAGCUUAGCACCUAUCUAUGUCAACUUGGAACUAGAUGUUUGGAGUUUUUUAACUUAUAACAAAGGUAAAGAGUCUCAACAUCAAGGACAUAAGCUGUACGAGAAAGAGGACUUUAUACUCUUCAAAACUUUGCCAACCAAUUGGUAUUUUACACUCAAUGAACAUGGAGAAGGAGUUGCUAUAGACUUUCCUAUUAAGGCAAAGCCUGUAUUGUUAUGGAGUGCAUCUCAUUAUUGUAUAAAGUCAAAGAAACUGGAAAAAGCACCAAAGUUUCCAAUAGAUAAAAUAUGCUUAACUAUUUGCAAAAAAGCAUGUAAUUUAGACAAUCUAAUUAUAGUGUAGAAUAUAUUAUAUUUACAUGGAGUGUUGUUAGUUGAACAUGAAUGACUAAUUAUGUAGUUGUAGCAUUUUCCAUGGCAAUCCUGUAAAGGUCUUGUAGUCUUUUGGGGUCCCUUAUUCUUGUUUUUAUACCCAUCUCCUUCAGUUUUGCCUUAAUAGCUUGUGCAUCUGUCAAAGUAGGAAAGCUUUGUGGAGGCGGUGUUACUUCUUCCUGACUACA